AUGAAGACACAUAUAUCGCAGUGCAUCUCCCUGUCGGGGCGGACGUUUCCGUUUACCGUGUUGCGAACAUAUUCCUCAUGUUCCACAGCUUUGCGCCAGGAACUCACAUCACGCCGACUCCCAUGGACCUAUGACUAUCUGCAUCCUCAACCAUCUCAUCUUCUGGACCUGAGUUUGCUAGAUCUGGUCCCGUCCCCCGGACAGUUGCCAAUCGACUAUGCGACUCUCCCAUCAAUCGAGCGGCCCGUGCCCAUGAAGCCUGGACACCAUCUAGUCUAUUUCCCUCCUCAGGUUACACUAUCCCAACUACUUCCUGACGGUACGGAUACCCUGCAUUAUCCGGGAGAGCCCUUCAACAAACGUUUAUGGGUUGGUGGGAGAGUCAGAUUCCCGAUCCCGCGUAUUCCACGCCUGGAUGGUAGCCGAGCUGUGUGCAUCGAGACCAUUCGGGACGUGUCAGUAAAAGGGCCCAAUGACCAAGAAAAAAUCUUUGUCAAUAUCGAAAGACGGGUCGGCACGGUAGAAGAGGGUGAGAGUGAGAGUGAUAUCAAGCAACGUAUUUACAGACAAGAUGAGAGCGACAUUGGGCAAUCUUCAGUCAUAGAAAACAGGACUCUGGUCUUCAUGCGUGAAAAGGCCCCUGAACAGCUCCAGAUCGAUAAACAAAAUUGGGGGAGCAACCGCAGGAGAAUCAAAGCCCCUCUGAAUCCAGAAUUCCGUCACACAAUGAAACCUACCAAAGCUCUUCUGUUCCGUUUCUCAGCGCUUACAUUUAAUGCCCAUUCCAUUCACCUCGAGGAGACAUACACUCGGAACAUUGAAGGCCAUCCGAAUCUACUUGUUCAUGGUCCACUAACACUCACAUUGCUUCUCACCGUUCUACAGACUCAAUUGAUGAAGUCAGGUCGCGAUAUCUGUGAGAUUGAGUAUAGAAACAUCGCUCCUCUCUUUGUUGAUGAGGAUCUAACCAUUUGCGGGAAGCCCAAAUCCGGCAACGAAACGGGCACUUGGGACGUCUGGAUCGAAAGUCCCAAUGGAGGCCUCGCUGUCAAAGGAGUUGUGCAGACAUGUCUACGGAAAAACUCAUAA